UGUAGUGCUUCCGCUACAACUGAUACAUUGAGCAACCGGUUCCGAUACAACAUACAAACAAUGGGCAAGAAGCACAAAAAGCACAAGUCGGAAAAACACGGAUAUGACGACUACGGAGAGAGACCACUGAAGCUUGUGUUAAAAGUUUCUGGAAACGAAGUGACCACGGGAAGUUCCAGUCGGGAUACUUUUUACGACGAUCAACCGGUGGACUACGACAAACCAAAAGACAAGAAAAAGAAGAAGAAGAAGGAUAAAGACAGGAGUAUCGGGUCACCAGAGGAUGACAGAGGAAGGAAAAAGAUGACAAAGAAGAAGAAAGGACAUGAUGCGGAUGGAGACGACGACCAGGAUCAAAGCAGAACUCCUAUCCGGUCAGAGUUGGACAAACUGGAAGAAAAGGAACAAACGCCCUUGCAGGAAGCUUUAAAUCAACUGAUCAGACAGCUCCAAAGGAAAGAUCCCAGUGCAUUCUUCUCAUUCCCCGUGACGGACCUGAUUGCUCCUGGCUACUCCUCCAUAAUCAAACGACCAAUGGACUUUAGCACCAUGAAGGAGAAAGUAAAGAAAGAGUGCUACCAGUCAUUGGAUGAACUCAAGGUGGACUUCAAGAUAAUGUGUGAAAAUGCUAUGAUUUACAACAAACCUGAGACCAUUUACCAUAAAGCAGCUCGGAAAUUGUUACACUCAGGAAUGAAGAUCUUGAGCCAGGAGAGGCUGGAGAGUUUGAAGCAGAGCAUAGAGUUUAUGUCUGGCCUCGAUCCCUCUGCAAAACAGACAGUGAAGCCUGAGGACCAGAGUAGCACCAGCCUUGACCAGAAUGGAGAAAGACCAAGCACCGCCACAGACAGUAGCGAGAGCUCCCAGACACCCAGCACACCCAGACAGGACAAGGACUCCAAGGACGAAGCAGCAAAAGCAGAGAAAGAGCUUGAGGAAAUUCGCAAGGUCAUCGAGGAGUCUGGAGGAAAGCUGUCCAACAGGAUGCUGCAGUGUGAUUUGGAGUUUGCAAGACGGAAGUCUGAUGGCUCCACCACUCUGGCAAUCCUCAACCCAGCAGAUCCAUCAGUGGGAGAUGCUGGUUACUGUGCUGUGAAACUGGGCAUGAUGUCCAAUCGGUUGCAAAGUGGUGUGAACACUCUACAGGGCUUCAGGGAGGACAAGAGGAACAGAACCACUCCAGUGUCCUACAUCAACUACGGUCCGUUCACCUCCUACGCUCCCACCUACGACUCCAGCUUCGCCAACAUCAGCAAAGAGGAGUCUGACCUGCUUUACAUGUCAUAUGGCGAGGAGUCCAGCCUGCAGGGCUCAGACAGCCUGUCGGAGUUUUUGGCCAAAUCAGACGAGUACAUUUUCAAACUGGCAGAUAAUAUCUUGGAUGCGAUGACAAAUGGAGAGCAUUCAAAAACCCUGAAGGAGACGGAGAAUCAGGUGGAGGAGGAUACAAAUGCACAAGAGGAGAAGGAUGACACAGAGGUAGCUGAACCCGAAGCACCCAUCAGUAACAGGCUCGACUUCCUGCACUUCGCUGCAAGCCUGCAGGAGGCUGAGAAGCUUUCUGGGGAGGCCCUGCACUUCCAGCAGAAACUGGAUGAGACUACAAAGCUCCUGCGAGACCUGCAGGAAGCUCAGCGGGAGCGCCUGAGCACCAAGCAGCCGCCGAACAUGAUCUGCCUACUCGCCCCGACAGCCAAGGAGCUGGAGCUGGCUGAAAAGGUGACAGGAAACCUGGCUGAGUUAACAGGUCAGGUGGCCCCGUGUGAUGUCAGCAGUGUGUAUGGCAUCAGGAGAGCCAUGGGCGUCGCUUUACCUCCAGAACCACCUGAGCCAUUCAUUGACCUCACAACUGUUCAGGAGAUGGUUGAACCAAUGGAGACCUUUUCCAGCUGUUAGGAUACAGCUCCAGUCAUCACUGUGUAAUCAAAUUCCACAUUUCCAUUUUCAUAAGUUGAUAAUUGUAGAAAAAGGUGCUCUUUGUGUCAUUUGUAUGUAUUUCAUUUAAUAAACUUCUUUUCUAUAAA